UGUAUGGUGCAAGUUGAUAUAUGCAAUAUGAACAGAAUAUUUCUUCAAACGAUAACAGUGUUUCUAGGAAUGGAUGUUGGCCUUGUUGAAUCCUUGUUCUGUGAUGGAAAUUACACAAGUUCGAAUGGUACAGUAUCCUCACCAUCAUUCUCAAGUCGUUCAACUUAUAAAAACUCGUUGGAUUGCACAUAUGACAUUGAAGUUGGAGGUGAAUAUGGCAUAAAACUAUUGUGGUCAGCAUUUGAUGUCAGGGGUGAAAUGCCGAACUGUUUUGAAGAUUCUGUGGAGAUAUUCCUUGGAUGUGUGUCCAGACAUUCAAUUGGAAAAUACUGCUCUGAAAAUGGAUACAAGCCAUUUGAUGUUUACUCAUCUGAGAACUGCUUGCGCUUAGUUUUCAAGACAGAUACCUCUGGUGGAGGCAAAGGAUUUCAAGCGUCUUACUCAUCAUUCCUUUUAAAUGGUCGUCAAAGUGGUGUAGGAGGGGAAUGUUCCUCAACAAAGACCCUCACUGCAACAUCUGGUGUGAUUAGCUCUCCAAAUUGGCCCCAGGACUAUCCCAACUACAGAGACUGUUACUGGAAUAUUGAGGUUGGAAACAAGAGGAGCAUUAAAAUAGCUUUCAUGGACUUUCAUUUGGAAUAUGAUUUCUUAUGUGACGAUGACAAACUCAAAGUUAAAGACGGAGAUGAUCAUGAAUCGUAUGACAAGUCUGACACCCUCAAAGAGUCGAACUGUGGUGAACAAGACCCAUUUUACUUAAUGUCAUCAAAGGAGAGAAUUUGGAUCAGAUUCAAGUCAGACAGGUUCACUAACCACCGUGGGUUUGUUGCAGGCUACGUCAUGUAUGAUAAAACCUCCGUUAGCGCUAAAACUGUUGGCAUUGUGAUUGGCGUCUUGGUGGCAGUUGUUGUUCUGAUUGCCAUUGGUGUCUUCGUCUUCUACAAAUAUGUUCACCAAAAGAGAGUCAGGGCACGGGCGCCACAACAGAUGGCUGUGGCAUAUACUACUGCCCAACCUCAGCAAGUGGCCAUGUACCCUCCUUCUGCAGGGCCUCAGCAAGGUUACGCACCACCCCCCUACAAUCAAGGGGCGGCAGCUCCUUACCCCACACAAGGUAAACAACCGUACCCACUUGAACCCCUCGGGGGUGAGGCAGCAUACCUCCCCGGACAACCGGGCGGAGCACCUCCUUACCCCACUGGACAACCAGGUGGGGUGCCACCUUACCCUCCACAGUAAUCAGCGCGUCAAUGUGACCGUUGUGGACGGCUUUUGGGAAUUUUUUUGCAGCUUUUAAUACGAGAAAAGUGAAGGAGAAAGAUCACGAUCGCCAUCUCUUGCUUAAUUUUGCUAUUUUGCCACUUGAUUCGUGUUAAAAGUCGGAAAAUAAAUAAACAAAUUAAGAAGUGUGAAUAAAAAAAAAUAAAAAAGAAAAGAUCUGGUUUAUAAAAUAGACGGUAACAAUAACGAAUAUAUUAUUGAUAAUGAAUAUGAUAAUAGUAAUUUUGUGAUAAAUUAAACUCCUUGUGUUGGAUAUAGAGCGAGUAGAAAUUAGAUAGGCAACAGUCAGUAACCAUUAGGGUACUAUGAUUGUGUCCUUAAUCUGAACUGGUUAGCUCACAUGACCACCACAAACCGCAUAAUAUCAAGUCAAGGUCUUAUAAUUAUUCGAUCUAAAAGAAAUACAUUUUCAGAACGAAUGCAAAUCAAGUCUUCAUCUCGUAAUUGAAUUAAAAAAACUUCAAUUUAAACUUUCUUCUGUGGCGGGUCGUUACAACAGUCUCACUAUACUGAUUAGCAGAUUCUCCAGGUAAGCGAAUUUAGAGACAGAAAAACAAAAACAAAAUAACUUCUUUCUCACUUCGAUUCUGCUGAAAAAUGUGGAAUCUAUUUAUUAGUUUCAUAGUCUAAUUCUAACAGGAUACGAUGGUUUCUUUCACUGUGGUUUCUUUUUCUCGAAAGUGAACUGCAGAUUUGCAAACUAAUGGGGCCGAAAAUUCUCCAGAUAACGUCAUUGUGAGAAAACACUGUAACAGAUAUAUAUUAAAAAAUCCGGACAGUUA